AUGUCGCAGCUCCGUGAAUUUGAAUCCAUCUUUUCGCUCGAAGGUAAGACUGCUGUCGUUACUGGCGGAUCAAGAGGCCUCGGGCUUCACAUCGCAACUGCUUUCCUCCUAUCGGGCUGCUCUCUGGUGAUCGUCACCGCGCGAAAGCUGGAAGGGGCGCAAGGCAUCCGCCAAGCAGUCGAGAAACUUAAUGCACUGCCCAGUAUACGGGGCAAGGCGAUUGGCCUGGCAGCCAACGUUGCCGACUCAAAGGACAUUGUCAGACUUACAGGAGAAGUCAAGAAGCUGGUCGGUGACAGGGGCUUGAACAUUCUAGUCUGCAAUGCCGGGGCAGCUUGGGGUUCCAAGUUUGAAGAUGCACCACCAAGUAGUUCAAUCAAGAUAUUGGAUCUCAACGUCCGGGGUAUAUUCGAGUUGACACAAAACUUCUUACCCCUUAUGACGCAGGUUGCAUCGAGAUCCGACCCAUCGAGGCUGCUCAUAAUCAGCUCAACUGCAGGGACCAAUGUUCCACACAUUGGUGAGCAUGGAACUAUCAUGUACUCGACGUCGAAGGCAGCUGCCGACCACCUCGGGCGGAAUUUGGCUGUCGAACUCGGCACGAGAAACAUCACAUCCAAUAUCAUUGCACCGGGCUUCUUCCCGAGUAAACUCGCCCAAGGUCUCAUCAGUAAUCUUGGCGGUGAGGAGAGUCUGAGCAGAGAUAACCCUCUUGGGCGUCUAGGAGAGCCUGAAGACAUUGCUGGUGUUGCCACCUUUUUGUGCUCUGCAGCAGGUAAAUAUGUGUGA